AUGCCCUGCACCAUCAUAGCCUUCCUCAGCCGCAAACCCGGUCUCACUCCAACCGAAUUCAAAACCUACUACGAAACCACUCACAUCCCGCUCCUCAAAGACAUCGCCGGGGCCCAUUUCCCCAUCGCCCAUAAACGCUUCUAUCUCCCUCGGGCACGGGUCUCAGAUGCUGCCGAUACGGAUCAUUCGAAUACCGCGUACCCUGCCCCCAUCUUGGCUGGGGACGCCGCGGAGUUCCAGUACGAUGUUUAUGCGGAACUCACGUUUCGGGAUGUUGAGCAUCUUGGUGCAUUUCAUGGCGCGUUGAUGGCGGAUGGAGAGAGACUUGCUGCUGAUGAGGAGCGGUUUCUUGAUAGGAGUUUGAUACGGGCUGUUAGGGUUGAGGAGCCGGUUGUUGCGAAGGUGGAUGAAUGA